AUAAAUUUUAAUCAUAAUAAUAAUUAAUUUUCUUCCAUAUGUUUUCAUUAACACUUGUUAAGUUUAGUGUUUUAAUAUUUUGUGUGAUUUUAUGUACAAAAUCAAAAGAAUGCACGAAAAAACAAGCCAAUCACUUAGAUAAGUUAUUAAUGUAUUCGGGAUGGAAAAAUUUAAAUAUGGUAGACAUUAUAAAAUAUAAUGGGAAAACUUAUCAUCUUAAACAUUUAAUUAAAACACCUACAAAUCGCUUACAAUGUAAGACAAAGGUACGAGCUUUGACAAUAUUUCUUGGAUGCACAUAUGCAAAAGUUAUAAAUAAUUUUUUUUCAAUUAUUAUCAACUGCCUACAAAUUUGUAAAAAUAAAAUGAAAGAAAGAAAUUACUUAAUAAAUGAAAACAUUUAUACCGAAAGAUUCAUAAAUGUAAUUGUUCCAAUAGCAAAAUUGAUGAAAGGCGCCAUGGAUGCAUUAGAUUCAUUACAUUGGUUACCAUGGGCUGAUUUUAAAGAAAAAAGCACCGAUCAUUACCUAAUGAGUCCUUUGUUGAGAAGAAUAGGAGAUUUUUUUGAUAAAUUAAACGAACGGAAUGUAUCACGUUAUGAUAUAUUUACAUACUCUUCGGAACUUGAAACUAUAUAUAUAUUUUCUAAAAAAUUAAUAAAAGAUUUAAAAUAUGAAAUUGAUUCGUAUUGUAAAUCUGGACCUUAUAAUCAGAAUUAUUUAUGGGAUGAAUGGAUUCAAGAGUUUAAUGCCAUUAUUACACACGACGAAAAAUUAGUAUUUUUAAAGUUCUUAAACAGAAAAUUUAAACAAUAUGUCGAGAUAGUAAUUAUAAAAUAUUAUUUUCAGCUGGGAUUUAAAUUUGAUCCAAUUACUGAAGAAACAUAUUUACCAAUAUCAGGGGAGCUAAUUAUACAAGAAUUGGAACUUAAAGCUACAGAUGAAGAACCUCCAACGCUAUUACAAAUAGAAACUCUUUAAAUUUUUUACUAAAAUUAAGUUUUUUCUAUAUUUAUUUUAUAUAACUAAUAACAAUUUACUUUAUAAGAUAUUAUACAAGAAAAACGAACUCCUAUUUCCUCAUUUAUAUCCUGAUUAUUAGUUUCAUGAUAUACUUAUAAUUAUAAUAAAUGAACUAGUAUUUAAUAAAUUUGUUUAACUUC